AAAAAAAACUUACAACUACUAGCGCUGAGGACCACAAAGCACUGCAUCUUGCAUGAUUUUGAACAAGGAGUACCAAUUUAACAAAGACAAAAAAGGAAUAUUUUCAACAGUAGACCACUAGACGAUUUAGGACAAGAAAUGCAUUACUUUCAAUAGACAAGACCUUAGUGAACUGAUAGAAUUUUGAAAUUGAUGAUGUGCAAAGGAAGUAGUCAAAAGGCAACGUGAGUGGAGGAUGAGAUCUGGAGCUUUGGGGACACACAGACGGUACUUGAAGACGUGGAGAGCAGCUAAAUAUUUUUGAAUGCCUCUACAACUGGUAAGUGCAGAGGGAGCUUUCUGCAACAAAAUACAGACUUUACAUUCCACAAAAAGCAUCCAAAACCCUGAAUACUUACUAAGAGUUCACACGUGCGUAAAAUUAAGAUGGGUACAAACAAGGAACCGAGUGCUGAGCAGUCAGCUCCACAGAUUGAAGAAGAGAUGGAACAGUUCCCCGAGCAGAACAGUCCAGUUGAGGAAGAACCCCGACAACCAGAGGAUGGUAAGCUACUAAACACUUACAAGUGGCACACAGGGGCCAAGACUGAGACGGUUGGACAGGGGACUAUUGAAAGGCUAGAGAAAGGAGCUUCAAACAAAUGGAGUAAAAUGCAGAGUUGGCGCAAAGCUCUGAGUGAAGAUGCUGGAGAAAAGUGCUCGACUGCACCUCGAGGGGCCGACAGCCCCUCAAAACCAGAUAAGCCUGCGACUUCAAGGAAAAAUCCUUUCCGCAGAGCUCUUUCUGAGCCACCAGGGUCCCUCCUGUCUUCGGUGUUGUCCUCUUCUUCAGCAUCAGGGUCCAGCGUCCAGGAAACAACACAGAAGGGUAAAAUAAGGAAGUAUCUACAAACGGUCUCACAGAAAUUCAAGAGGCCUCGUCUGCAGAGUACCAUCAAUGUAGAUCAUGAAGACAAAGUGAAGUGCGAGUUUGAGAAUGUGGUCCAAGAGCCUGUUCGGCUCUCCUGGGCCCCCCAACAAGACGUUCCCGUCUGGGACAUUAGCAACUGUUCCCUUCAAGAUGGACAGAUCUUUAUCCCGCGUGAGGAAGAGCCUAUGAUGCGUGUACGAAACCGGGCCAGCAGUUGCCUCUCCAGCCUCAGUCUUCAGAACAUCAGUGGAAGUCACACUGAGUUAAACCCAGAUCCUGUGGUCCCCUCAAGUGGUAGCAAAAUAAAAGGGCAAGAUGGCGGUGUCAAAAACUUAAUCAAACGGCGCUUACAGGGUGAGGAUAGACGAAAAAGCAACACCCAGCUCAAUACUGCAGGACUUAGUAGUGCUGGAAGGUAUGGUUCCAAGGAAUCUUUAUCUAUUCCCAUCAGUGCUGCAAAAAGCCUGGAUCUUAGUGCAGACCAGACCACAGUCAUCAGGCCAGUCCAUAGCUCUAUUCUAGGAGAGAAGUACUGUUUUCAGGUCAUAAACUCAGAAAAUAACCACUGCUUUGGGUGCAGUUCAGCUGCAGAAAGAGACCGCUGGAUUGAAGACUUGCGUCGUGCUGCUCAUCCAAACAAGGACAACUGUGAGCGCACAGAGAACUCACUGAGCCUUUGGGUUAAUGAAGCAAAAGACCUUCCGCCGAAGAAGCGAUAUUACUGUGAGCUCCACCUUGAUGGGACACUGUUUGCUCGCACCAGUAGCCGGGCCGUGGGGAAGUCCACUCAACGCUCCAGCCAAGCAGGUGAUGGAGGAUCUGGAGCAGCUGGAGCGGGCCAUGGUGGUGGUGCUGGAGGUGGUUGCCAGCUAUUUUGGGGUGAAUUUUUUGAGCUUGACAACUUGCCCCCUGUCACCCAGAUCACCCUGCAUCUCUUUAGAGAUGAGGAUCCCAAGAAGAAGCGCCAUUCCCGGGAUGACUCUAUCAUGCAUCCUCUAGGAAGUGUGGCUCUUGCUCUGGCAGACAUAAAAGGACGGGCCUACCAGGAGAAGUGGUAUCCCAUCAUUCCUUAUAAGUCCCCAGGAGCAAGUACAGUGAAGGACCAAGUUGGAUCACAGGCUUCACUACGUGUCAAGGCUAGAUUCCAAAACUUGAAAGUUCUGCCUAUCGAGAGGUACAAGGAAUUUGCAGAGUAUGUCACAGUGGAUUAUGUGGGUAUGUGCAGCAGCCUAGAACCCCUCCUUAAUGUGCGGGAGAAAGAAGAACUUGCAGUGGCACUUGUUCAUGUGCUCCAGAGCAUUGGGAAAGCCAAGGAGUUCUUGAUUGAUCUUGGCAGUGCAGAAGUUCAGCGCUUGGGAGAAAAUGAGGCUUUGAUUUUCAGAGAGAAUACAUUGGCCACAAAGGCUAUUGAUGAAUACAUGAAAUUAGUGGGCCAGAAGUAUCUCAUUGACACACUGGGAGACUUUAUAGCCAGACUGUACAGUGGAACAGAGAGCUGUGAGGUAGACCCACUGAAAUGUUCUGCCUCUGAAUUACCGAUCAACCAGAGGCAUCUAAAAGAGACAUGUGGGGAUGUUGUAAAGAGAAUCACUGACAUGCAGGAUUCAUUUCCUGCAGAGCUGAAUGAGAUUUUUUCCAGUUGGGUAUCAGAUUGUGAGGAACGAGGUCCAACAGAAAUCGGACACCGUCUCAUUUCAGCAUCUCUGUUUCUUCGAUUCCUAUGCCCAGCCAUUCUCAGUCCUUCACUCUUCGGUCUCACUCAACCCUAUCCAGAGCCAAACAUUCUUCGUACUCUCACUUUGACAGCCAAGGUCAUUCAGAACCUUGCAAACUUCACCUUGUUUGGUGAAAAGGAAGAAUACAUGCUCUUUAUGAAUGAGUUUCUAGAACAACACUGGGACACAAUGCGAGGAUUCUUACAGAGGGUGUCUGAUUCAGAAAGUGAAAUGACCAUGGCUCGAUUUGAUGGCUAUGUAGACCUGCCCCUUCGUCUAGCAGUCCUUCACAAUCUAUUGGUCGACAUUAUCUCUGCAAUGAAACAGGACACAAUAGACAACCUGCAUCCCUUGCCUUCAAUCCUGAACCAGAUCACAGAAUUCCUAGGCCAAGGUGCUCAGCAGAUCCCGGUUAGCAGCAUACAUGGAACACCAAAGCCAAUGUAUGUACCGCCAAGGGACUUGCCCAAGUACAGUCCCUUACAUAACUCCAUGCAGCAGCUUCCAGUGGAUUCAAAGCCCAACCAAGGCAAAGAGCGUCAGCAAAAGCAGUUACAGCGGGCUUUCAGUGUCCCCAACAGACCAGCACGAAAUCAGCGUCAACCAGUAAAGAGGCAGGCAAGCAAUGAAGAGCUCCCUGCACAGUCCCAGGACUGCAACCAGGAUCAAGGAACUGAUAGGAAGUUGUCAAUUUCAUCCCCUUGGAAUGGCAUAAACCACAAAGCUCCACCAGCUCCAGUACCCUGGAUUGUAAACAACAUCAACAAGGAGCCAUAUCAAAUGACAAGGCAAGAACAAGAGCAGACAAACAUAUUGGACAGGCACGCGCAAGAGUUGGCCGAGUUGCGUUUAGGCGUGGAACAGGUGACUGAGCGUGAACUGGAGAUGGCCAAGCGGUUAGAAGACUUCAUAGUUCAGAGCCAGAACCAGAAUACACAGCUACAAGCACAGGUUCAGGAACUCCGUAAUCUGUUAGCCAUCCGUGAGGAACAGCUGGCAAGCACAACUUUCAGACUGGGCGUCAUUGAAGAGGAGAGGGAGGAAGAUGAAAGAAAGCUGAAUGUCGCUGUGGCUGCAGUAGAACGUAUGAAUGUUUUGGAGGAGCAGUUUGCUGGAUUGUUGAAAGAUGUCCACCAACUCUACGCAGUUAAUGCCGAUGGCAUAAGAAAGACUUGCAUUAACACCUGAUGCAAGACAUGAACAAUACUGAUGGCGGUGCUACAUGCUGCCAUAUUUCAUUGCUUUUAGAUUUUCAGACGACAUUCAUUCAUUGGUAACAUUGUACCUAAAUAGGUACGUACCUAGAUGUCAAUAUCAUUGCAAAACUGGAUUGUAUAACAACAAAAUUAAUUGAGCUGAACAUAGGACACCAAUUUGUUGACUAUUCAUUUCAUCUUAGCCUCAAUUAAAAUGUGUAUUAAACAAAUUAAUUUGA